CAAGUGGAGAUGACUACCUUUGCAUGCAAAAAAUGAGCUACAAUCUCUUCCUCCUGGCUUUUGUCCUGGGCAUUGGUGGAGCUUUCCAGUAUGGGUUGCAGGUCUCCAUUAUCAAUUCUCCUGCUGAGUUCAUCAAGAGUUUCAUCCACGAGACCUGGCUAAAGAGAUAUGGCUCUUCUCCCAGGGAAGAAAUGAUUACUUUGAUGUGGUCCUUUGUUGUGUCCAUUUACAGCAUCGGUGGGCUUCUGGGGUCCUUGUCUGCAGGAUAUUUGUCCGUUAAAUUUGGAAGGAAGAAGGCCAUGCUGUUUGCCAAUAUCCCCGCUCUGCUGAGUGCAGCUCUGAUGGGAUUCAGCCGGCUGUGUGGAUCCUUUGAGAUGGUCAUCGCUGGCAGAUUGUUUUCUGGAGUGUGUGGAGGCUUAGGUCUGAAUAUCCAUCUCAUGUAUGCUGGGGAAUGUGCCCCACAGAAGCUCCGUGGGCUGAUUGCCAUAACAGCUUCUACUGCCACUGCCGUUGGAAAGUUUGUAGGAUUUGCUCUGGGUCUCAGAGAAGUUCUCGGAGUAGAUGCUCUCUGGCCUAUUCUCAUGGCAGCCAACGCACUUCCUGCCCUCAUUCAGCUUCUCACCCUCCCCUUCUUCCCAGACUCUCCCCGCUACCUGCUAAUUGACAAAAAGGACAAGGAGGGGUGCAUCAAAGCUGUGAAGCAGCUCUGGGGAGAUGGUGACCAUACAGCUGACAUAGAUGACAUGAUGGCAGAGCGAGAAGCCAUCUGUGGUGAGAAGGCUAAGAGCGUUUGUGAUCUUUUUCGUGACAAAGCUGUCCGUUGGCAGCUCAUCACUCUCAUCCUUGUCUCCUCAUGCAUGCAGUUAAUUGGUGCCAAUGUGGUUUACUUUUAUGCAUAUAAUGUCUUUAUAAAGGCUGGAAUCUCCCCUGCUCAAACCCACUAUGUCUCCCUGGGAGUUGGGAUCACCGAGAUCCUCACCACAGUUGUGUGUGGUUUCCUAAUUGAGCGUGCAGGGAGGAAGACAUUGCUGUGGAGAAGCUACACUGUUAUGGCCUUGGCUUUAGGGCUCCUCACAGUCACACUUUCACUACAGGAUUCCUUUUCCUGGGUACCAUACUGCUCUGUUGCACUCAUCUUUAUUUUCAUCAUGAGCUUUGGCAUUGGGCCAGCUGGAGUAUUAUGCCCCCUGCCCACAGAAAUAUUUAUUCAGUCAUACAGACCAGCUGCUUAUGUGUUUAAUGGUGCUUCAAACUGGAUCCAACUCUUCAUCCUUGGACUUUUGUUCCCUUUCAUUGUGGAAGGUCUUGGUAGUUUCUGUUUCAUCAUUUUCCUGACAUACUGUCUGUCCAUGGCUAUCUUUGUCUUCCUGAUGAUGCCAGAGACCAAAGGAAAGACCAUGCUGCAGGUCAUGGAGGAGUUCAACCGCCUGAACUACCGUGAAAAGAAGAGACAAACAGCCCUACAGCAGAAUAACUGCUCAGUAAUGACUGUUACUAGAUUUUAACAACAAACUCUCCACUCCAUAUUUUGCUCUUUUAUUCCUGUAGUGCCGAGAAGCCUCACUAAGCAAGAGAGAAUCCAUUGCUCCACAAACAGCAUGAAUGUGUAUUUUAAAAAUAAUCACCUGCAGUGCAGAGUGCAGGAUGAACUUGGUGGUUCUCUCCAUCUGCUGAAAUAUGAGCUGAAUUAAAUCCUCUGCAGAAAAA